AUGCCGAAUGAAGCAGGUCUAUCGAACCUCGAUCAUGAGAGGACGCCCUUGUUGGCGCAGGCCGCACGAGGUACCGCCGUGGACAGUACACGGUCACCAGGUGUACUCCUCGACGAGGAGGCAGGCUUGACCUCGACCAGUCACGAGAACAACAGAGCGCCUAGUAUAUGCGACACGUGCUCGUCAUCGGUGGCGGGCGUGAUAUCCCUUCUACUCGUCGGCGUCUUCGUUGCGAACAGCGAGGGCUCACUGGUAGUAGCUUCGUUUGGACAUAUUGCCUCCGAGUUCAACGACCUCGAGAACGGGAGCUGGCUUCUGACCAGUUAUGUCCUCGCCAUGGCCGUGGCGCAGCCUAUGUACGGCAAGCUGAGCAAUAUAUUUGGUCAUGCGAGGAUGCUCCUGGUUGCUUAUACGUUCUUUGGUGUCGGCUGCGCCAUGGGCCAAUCACUACUGGUCGUGGUGGCAGGGAGGGUUGUAUCGGGUUUAGGAGGAGCAGACAUGGGCAGUUUAAUGUCAAUCAUGAUCACGGACCUGGUGCCUGUGAGGGACGUUGGCGUAUGGAGAAGCUAUGUCGGCGUCGUGGCCACUGUCGGCAGAGCCAGCGGAGGCCCAAUAGGAGGCUAUCUCACGGACACGAUCGGGUGGCGAUGGUCUUUCCUCGGACAGUGCUCUCCGACGGUUCUCUCAAUUCUCCUCACAUGGUUGCUAGUCCCCAACCGCGUCGGCCCGUCCACCGACGAAUCCAUGCUUACGAAGCUCUCCCGCAUCGACUUUAUCGGUUCACUGCUCUUGGGUUCGGGCAUUCUGGCCUUCCUGCUGCCCCUAGAGCUGGCUGGAACGAGCCUGUCUUGGACGCAUCCGCUCAACUACCUUUUGUUCAUCGCGUCUGGCGCUCUGGGUGCCGUCUAUUUCCUGGUUGAAGCCUACUGGGCGAAGGAACCUAUCAUGUCUCCCAGUAUGCUCUUGUCAUGGGAUGUCUUCAUGUCUAACACGAUCAUGUUCUGCCAGGUGGCAGCUCAGCUCGGCAUGAUGUCCACGGUCCCGCUGUACUUCCAGGUGACGCAGAACACGUCGGCUACGGUCGCGGGUGCCCACCUUCUACCAGCCGUAGCCGGUGUGACUGUCGGGGGUCUCCUAGGUGGUUGGUCCGGACGAUACUUCGGUCUUCUGGUCUUCGCGACCAUUUGUUCGUCAUCCUGCCACCUCCUGCUGAUGCUGCGCUGGGGCACGGCUAUCAAGCCCUGGGAAGCGUUGUACAUCAUACCUGGAGGCUUCGGCAACGGCCUCAUCCUGUCCACAGCCUUCGUCGCACUCACCGCCAGGAUCAGCAAGGAGGAUAUGGCUAUGGCCUGCUCCGGCUUCUAUCUCACCUAUGACACGGCGACAGCGGUAGGUAUGGCGACGACGAGCGCUGUGCUACAGGGUGUCUUGAAGAGCGGGCUCCCGACGGAGUUGAGAGACUACCCGCAGAAAGAUGCAGUGUGUUAG